UCUGCCGGUAAAAAAAUCUGUUAUCAGUCGGUUAGCGUUAAUCGAAAUUUUACCGGGUAUUGUAAGAACGGCCCUUAGUUAUUACCAAUUAUUUACACGGAAUACGGUGACAAGUAUAAUAGCCCCUUACUGCACUGCUUGCCGCUCGGCUGGUGCGCACUUUCUCUCCAGUCUUCAUAUUGCCUAUAUCGAACUCCUAAAAAUCCGUGUAAACAGAAAAUAUGACGUAUUGUUCAACGGCACAGAACCGAACUGGCUACACUGAAUUCUAAACUACGAUUUCAUUUGAAUUUCCGUUGAAAUUUCGAAUCUUAUCAUUGUUCAUUUGUGUUUUCUGAUAAUUGUUAAUCGACAAUUUAUUAUUGCUGAUCAAAUGUUCAACAAUUCUGAAUCUAUGUACCCGCUGUUCCGCUAAACCACGUUCUUACCGUUGUCUUGUUCUGUGGUUAUGCCUUGGAAUAUUCCUAAGUCGUAAGUCGUAACUACUCAUUGUCAUUUGUCGCUAAGCUUCACUGCGGUCUGCGGCAAUUGUUGUUAGAUCACAAGCAAAUGAACAAUACCAAUCGUCGUUAAUUCGUCAGUUUGUAAUGGGGUCCUCGAUACAUAACACUAGUACGAGUUCAGCUAAGUCUGUUGCAUUAAGUUAUGAAAUGGAUAGUUCCAAUGAAGAAAUUGACCAACAAGUUUUACGGCAAGCUGGAGAACAAACUAUUAAUGCAGAAUGGUCAGCCACAGUAUCGCCAUUAAAUUCAUCAGACACAACUUCCUAUAUUAAUAUUGAGACAUUAAAAGAGUGUAGUGCUAAUCCUUCAGAUACUCUUAAAGAUAAAGAAGAUUUUAUGGUUAUUGAAUCUCCUUCUACUGUUGUAAAUAUAUCAAAAUUCAAUGAUACAAAAUAUUAUUCAGAUUGUAAAACCACAGCAUUUCAAAAAAAACACAAACCACUUUCUCAAAACGUUAGUUGUUGUUUUGAAAAUAUUCUAGAUGAUGAUAGUCAAAUGAAGAUAACUCAGAGUAGUAAUUCCUAUAUUAAUAUUGAGACAUUAAAAGAGUGUAGUGCUAAUCCUUCAGAUACUCUUAAAGAUAAAGAACAUUUUAUGGUUAUUGAAUCUCCUUCUACUGUUAUAAAUAUAUCAAAAUUCAAUGACACAAAAUAUUAUUCACAAUGUAAAACCACAGAAUUUCAAAAAAAAAACACAAACCACUUUCUCAAAACGUUAGUUGUUGUUUUGAAAAUAUUCUAGAUGAUAGUCAAAUGAAGAUAACU